AAACAGCCUGAUUUCAGAAUUCUAUACAUUUGAAUUACUUGAGCAAAAAGAUGUAGUUUAUUCUUUUUCCAUGGGUGUACAGGAAUGCAGAAGGAUGUCAGAGCUGGAAAAAGCCUUCCGCAAAUUUGCUGUGUAUGGAGACACAGCUGCCACAGGCAAUGACAUGACAGGCAAGAACUUCUCCAAGAUGUUGAAAGAGUGUGGUGUAAUGGAUGGCAAAGCAGUGACCAGCACUGAUGUGGACAUUGUCUUCAAUAAAGUCAAGACCAAGACUGCUCGCAACAUCACAUAUCCAGAAUUCCAAGAAGCAAUAAAAGAGCUAAGUACUAAACGUUUCAAAGGAAAGUCUGCAGAGGAGGCUUUACAGGCCACUCACCAGUUGAUGGAGGGCAAGGAACCAGGCAAUGUAGGAGUGACGAAAGCUGUUGCAGCUGGUGCAGUAGACAGACUGACAGACACCAGCAAAUACACGGGUUCUCACAAGGAACGCUUUGAUGAAAGUGGCAAAGGAAAAGGGAUAGCUGGACGUGCGGAGAUGACUGACAACAGCGGCUAUGUUGGGGCUUAUAAGGGAGCUGGAACUUACGAUAAGUCCCACUAAAUGAGGAAUGGGACCUCCUGGAAACCCUGCCUGACCUCCUUGGCCUUGGAAUGAGAUGCCAAUAAACACCUGCUCUUCAUUAUUGUGUUUAGUGUUUGUGAGACUAUAGGUGAUUGGUAUCUAAAUGAGGAAAGGGUUAAAAUUAUUCCCUUGUUUUGGAAAAUUCUUCAUUAUCUACCAUUACUCUACAAGACAUAGAAAAAAACCCUCACAUUUCCUUUCAUUGCCAUAAUCAAAGACACAAACGUUUUUUUCGUACUGGCUUUGUAUGUGCUUUUCUUACAGAUUCAUCUAGAUCUCUACCAAAAAGCUUAUUGAUAAAAGAAUUAA